AUGCCUGAUACAGCUCUCGUGAAACGAUGUAUCAUCAUGAACGAUCCAAGUAUCAUGAACCAAACAUCAUUAUUUCCAUUCUCAAAACUUCAAUAUGUUGAACUUUGCAGUGGCGAUUGUUCCAUCCUCUCACUUCUCAAGAUAUUGAACAAGACAGAAAUUCAUCAUAUUUGUCUGAAUGAUGGUGUUUCAAAAGAAUUAUUGCAAUUCAUCGUCAAUGAGUUUCCCAAUCUCAGAACGUUGGAAGUUGCUGAUUUUUCUGAUUUAGAGAGAAUAUCGACUUGUAAUACAUCAGUCACUACAUUUAAAUGGAACCAUUAUCUUGGUCAUGGAAAAGAAUGUUACGACAUGGAGUCCAUCAAUAUUCAUGAUGUAUUGAGUGACUUGAUAGCUCCAUGUUUUCCCAAUUUGCAACACAUUGAAAUUGAAAAUCCAACGUUUCAUAUUGACAUUAUUCAACUAGUGCGUUUAUGGACAAACACGACACCUUUAUUUCCCUCAUUGAAAAAGCUUUCCAUUCAUGUUGUAGUUUAUGAAUGUGAACACAAAGAGCAGGUAUUGUCGAGGGUUGAAUGGAUGAAAUUUUGUGAUUUGAAACAUCUUCCAGAAUUGGAAUUGUCGUGUGAAUAUUCCACUGUGGCAUCUUUAUUGCUAGCUUUGUUUGAAUCCAAAGCCAAACGUUUGAAAAUUCAUGUCAUUGAUCAAGAGUGUGGUGGAAUUCGUUUUUCAUCCAUGCACGAGUUGUUAGAGAAUGUUUUUGAACAAGAUGUUUCCACACAAUUGAAGGGAAUCCUAUCAGAGAGAAUUUCUUCAAAAGUUAUUACGUACGAAACGGAUUAUGAGAGUUCAGAAGAGAGUGAGGAUGAAGAAGAAGAAGAAGAGGAUGAUGAGGACCAUGACGAGGAUGAAGAAGAGGAUGAGUAA